GCGGGCGGCCCCAGGCUCGGUGCGGCCUCCGCAGAGGCGGGGGGCGUCGGCACCGCGGGGCCCCGCCAUGGCCGCGUCGGAGCUCUACACAAAGUUUGCCAGGGUUUGGAUACCUGAUCCAGAAGAAGUUUGGAAAUCAGCAGAACUGCUCAAAGAUUAUAAGCCAGGAGAUAAAGUCCUCCUGCUUCACCUUGAGGAAGGAAAGGAUUUGGAAUAUCAUCUAGAUCCAAAGACCAAGGAACUGCCUCACUUAAGAAACCCUGACAUACUUGUGGGUGAAAAUGACCUCACAGCCCUCAGCUAUCUUCACGAGCCUGCUGUGCUCCAUAAUCUCAGAGUUCGCUUUAUUGAUUCCAAACUUAUUUAUACAUAUUGUGGUAUAGUUCUAGUAGCUAUAAAUCCCUAUGAACAACUGCCUAUUUAUGGAGAAGAUAUUAUUAAUGCAUACAGUGGUCAGAACAUGGGUGAUAUGGACCCACAUAUCUUCGCAGUGGCAGAGGAAGCUUACAAACAAAUGGCCAGAGAUGAGCGAAAUCAGUCCAUCAUUGUAAGUGGAGAGUCUGGAGCAGGAAAAACAGUCUCAGCUAAGUAUGCCAUGCGAUACUUUGCAACUGUGAGUGGUUCUGCCAGUGAAGCUAAUGUUGAGGAAAAGGUCUUGGCGUCCAACCCCAUCAUGGAGUCAAUUGGAAAUGCUAAAACAACCAGGAAUGACAAUAGCAGCCGUUUUGGGAAAUAUAUUGAGAUUGGCUUUGAUAAAAGAUAUCGAAUCAUUGGUGCCAACAUGAGAACUUACCUCUUAGAGAAAUCCAGAGUGGUGUUCCAGGCAGAAGAGGAGAGAAACUAUCAUAUCUUCUAUCAGCUUUGUGCUUCAGCAAAGUUGCCUGAAUUUAAAAUGCUGCGAUUAGGAAAUGCAAAUAGCUUUCAUUACACGAAGCAAGGUGGCAGUCCUGUGAUUGAAGGAGUUGAUGAUUCAAAGGAAAUGGCACAUACCAGGCAGGCCUGCACUUUGCUAGGAAUUAGCGAAUUGUAUCAGAUGGGAAUUUUCCGAAUACUUGCUGGCAUCCUUCACUUAGGCAAUGUUGGAUUUACAUCUCGAGAUUCAGACAGCUGCACAAUACCUCCCAAGCAUGAACCUCUCAUCAUCUUCUGUGACCUCAUGGGUGUGGACUACGAGGAGAUGUGUCAUUGGCUCUGCCAUCGGAAGCUAGCUACUGCCACAGAGACAUACAUCAAGCCUAUCUCCAAACUACAGGCCACAAAUGCCCGAGAUGCUUUGGCCAAACACAUCUAUGCCAAGCUUUUUAAUUGGAUUGUAGAUCAUGUCAAUCAGGCUCUCCAUUCUGCUGUCAAGCAGCACUCUUUUAUUGGUGUACUGGAUAUUUAUGGAUUUGAAACUUUUGAGAUAAAUAGUUUUGAACAGUUUUGCAUAAAUUAUGCAAAUGAAAAACUACAGCAGCAAUUCAAUAUGCAUGUCUUCAAAUUAGAACAAGAGGAGUAUAUGAAGGAACAGAUUCCAUGGACACUAAUAGACUUUUAUGAUAAUCAGCCUUGUAUUAAUCUUAUAGAAUCUAAACUGGGCAUUCUAGAUUUGCUGGAUGAGGAAUGCAGGAUGCCUAAAGGUACAGAUGACACUUGGGCCCAAAAGUUGUACAACACACAUUUGAAUAAAUGUGCACUCUUUGAAAAGCCCCGUCUUUCAAACAAAGCUUUCAUCAUCCAACAUUUUGCUGACAAGGUGGAAUACCAGUGUGAAGGCUUCCUGGAAAAGAAUAAAGAUACUGUUUUUGAAGAACAAAUUAAAGUUCUUAAAUCAAGCAAGUUUAAGAUGCUACCAGAAUUAUUUCAAGACGAUGAGAAGGCCAUCAGUCCAACCUCAGCCACCACUUCAGGGCGCACACCCCUCACCCGCCUCUCUGCAAAGCCCACCAAAGGCCGACCAGGCCAGACAGCCAAAGAGCACAAGAAAACGGUGGGGCUUCAGUUUCGAAACUCCCUUCACCUGCUUAUGGAGACACUCAAUGCCACCACCCCUCACUAUGUGCGCUGUAUUAAGCCAAAUGACUUCAAAUUCCCAUUCACCUUUGAUGAGAAGAGGGCAGUACAGCAGCUGAGAGCAUGUGGUGUCCUGGAAACCAUCCGAAUCAGUGCAGCAGGUUUCCCCUCCCGGUGGACUUACCAAGAAUUUUUCAGCCGCUACCGUGUCCUAAUGAAGCAAAAAGAUGUGCUAAGUGACAGAAAGCAAACAUGCAAGAAUGUACUAGAGAAACUGAUAGUGGACAAAGACAAAUACCAAUUUGGUAAGACAAAGAUAUUCUUCCGUGCCGGUCAAGUGGCCUAUCUAGAAAAAUUGAGGGCGGACAAGCUUAGGGCUGCCUGUAUCCGGAUCCAGAAGACGAUCCGAGGGUGGCUGUUGCGGAAGAAGUACCUGCGCAUGCGGAAGGCGGCCAUCACCGUGCAGAGAUUUGUGCGAGGCUACCAGGCCCGAUGCUAUGCUAAGUUCCUGCGCAGAACCAAGGCAGCGACCAUCAUCCAGAAAUACUGGCGCAUGUAUGUAGUUCGCAGGAGGUACAAGAUUAAAAGAGCUGCCACUAUUGUUCUUCAGUCUCAUUUGCGAGGCUACUUGUCCAGAAAUAGGUAUCGCAAGAUACUCCGUGAACACAAAGCUGUCAUCAUUCAGAAGUGGAUCCGAGGAUGGCUGGCUCGUACCCACUAUAAGCGGUGCAUGCAUGCCAUCAUCUAUCUUCAGUGCUGCUUCCGGCGGAUGAUGGCCAAGCGUGAGCUGAAGAAGCUCAAAAUUGAGGCCCGCUCUGUGGAGCGCUACAAGAAACUCCACAUUGGUAUGGAGAACAAGAUCAUGCAACUGCAGCGCAAAGUCGAUGAGCAGAACAAGGACUAUAAAUGCCUCAUGGAGAAACUGACCAAUCUGGAAGGAAUAUACAGCUCUGAGACUGAGAAACUACGAAGUGACUUAGAACGCCUUCAGCUAAGUGAGGAGGAAGCUAAGGUUGCCACUGGACGGGUUCUCAGUCUUCAGGAAGAAAUAGCCAAGCUUCGAAAAGAUCUGGAACAAACGCGGUCAGAGAAAAAGUCCAUUGAGGAACGUGCAGAUAAAUAUAAACAAGAAACCGAGGAGCUGGUAUCAAAUCUGAAGGAAGAAAAUACUUUGCUGAAGCAGGAGAAAGAGACCCUCAAUCACCGCAUCGUGGAGCAGGCCAAGGAGAUGACAGAGACUAUGGAGAAGAAGUUAGUAGAAGAAACAAAACAACUAGAACUUGAUCUUAAUGAUGAAAGAUUGAGAUACCAGAACCUACUAAAUGAGUUCAGUCGCUUAGAAGAACGCUAUGAUGACCUCAAGGAAGAGAUGACUGUGAUGCUGAAUGUGCCUAAGCCUGGACACAAGAGAACAGACUCCACUCACAGCAGCAAUGAGUCUGAAUAUACCUUUAGCUCUGAAAUUACAGAAACUGAAGACAUUCCAUUGCGGACAGAGGAGCCAAGUGAGAGAAAGGUGCCUCUCGACAUGUCAUUGUUCCUCAAGCUCCAGAAGCGAGUCAAAGAGCUGGAGCAGGAGAAGCAGUUGAUGCAGGAUGAGCUGGAUCACAAGGAGGAACAGGUGCUCCGCAGCAAGGCACAGGAAGAAGAACGACCACAAAUUAGAGGUGCAGAACUGGAAUAUGAAUCACUCAAGCGUCAAGAACUAGAAUCAGAAAACAAAAAACUGAAAAAUGAGCUAAAUGAGUUACGCAAAUCCCUUAGUGAGAAAAGUGCCCCAGAGGUGACUGCUCCCGGUGCACCAGCCUACCGUGUCCUCAUGGAGCAGCUCACCUCUGUGAGUGAGGAGCUUGAUGUCCGCAAGGAAGAAGUCCUCAUCCUCAGGUCUCAGCUGGUGAGCCAGAAAGAAGCCAUUCAACCCAAGAAUACAAUGACAGAUUCCAUAAUACUUCUGGAAGAUGUACAAAAAAUGAAAGAUAAAGGUGAAAUAGCACAAGCAUAUAUUGGCUUGAAAGAAACAAACAGAUCAUCUGCUAUGGAUUGCCAUGAGUUGAAUGAGGAUGGAGAGCUGUGGCUGGUUUAUGAAGGGUUAAAACAAGCCAACAGGCUUCUGGAAUCCCAGCUGCAGUCGCAGAAGCGAAGCCAUGAGAGUGAAGCCGAGGCCCUCCGCGGGGAGAUACAGAGCCUGAAGGAGGAGAACAACCGGCAGCAGCAGCUUCUGGCCCAGAACCUGCAGCUGCCCCCUGAGGCGCGCAUCGAGGCCAGCCUGCAGCACGAGAUCACCCGCCUGACCAACGAGAACCUGUAUUUUGAGGAAUUAUAUGCAGAUGACCCUAAGAAGUAUCAAUCAUACCGGAUUUCACUUUACAAACGGAUGAUUGAUUUGAUGGAACAACUUGAAAAACAAGAUAAGACUGUCCGGAAACUGAAAAAACAACUGAAAGUAUUUGCCAAAAAAAUUGGUGAACUAGAAGUGGGUCAGAUGGAGAAUAUAUCUCCAGGACAGAUCAUUGAUGAGCCUAUCCGUCCAGUCAACAUUCCCAGGAAAGAAAAAGAUUUCCAAGGAAUGCUGGAAUACAAGAAGGAAGAUGAGCAAAAACUUGUUAAGAACCUGAUUCUGGAACUGAAACCACGUGGUGUAGCUGUCAAUUUGAUUCCAGGGUUACCAGCAUAUAUCCUGUUCAUGUGUGUUAGACAUGCUGACUACCUGAAUGAUGAUCAGAAAGUAAGGUCAUUGCUGACAUCAACAAUUAACAGCAUCAAAAAAGUAUUAAAGAAAAGAGGUGAUGAUUUUGAGACUGUUUCCUUCUGGCUCUCUAACACAUGCCGAUUUUUGCACUGUUUGAAGCAGUACAGUGGAGAAGAGGGCUUUAUGAAGCACAACACAUCUCGCCAGAAUGAACAUUGCCUCACCAAUUUUGACCUGGCUGAGUACCGGCAGGUGCUGAGUGACUUAGCCAUUCAGAUCUACCAGCAACUCGUGCGGGUGUUGGAGAACAUCCUUCAGCCUAUGAUCGUCUCUGGCAUGCUGGAGCAUGAAACCAUUCAGGGUGUAUCCGGGGUGAAACCGACAGGGCUGAGAAAACGAACCUCCAGCAUCGCUGAUGAGGGCACCUACACACUGGACUCCAUCCUCCGGCAGCUCAACUCCUUCCACUCAGUCAUGUGUCAGCACGGCAUGGAUCCCGAACUCAUCAAGCAGGUGGUCAAGCAGAUGUUCUACAUUGUGGGGGCCAUCACCCUGAACAACCUCCUCCUGCGGAAAGACAUGUGCUCCUGGAGUAAAGGCAUGCAGAUUCGGUACAAUGUCAGCCAGCUGGAGGAAUGGCUGCGUGACAAGAAUCUCAUGAACAGUGGUGCAAAAGAGACCCUGGAGCCUCUCAUCCAGGCUGCUCAGCUUUUGCAAGUGAAAAAGAAAACAGACGAUGAUGCGGAAGCUAUCUGCUCCAUGUGCAAUGCUUUGACCACUGCCCAGAUUGUCAAGGUGUUGAAUUUGUAUACUCCAGUGAAUGAAUUUGAAGAAAGAGUCUCUGUAUCAUUUAUUCGUACCAUACAGAUGCGCUUACGAGACAGGAAAGACUCGCCUCAGCUGCUCAUGGAUGCUAAACACAUCUUCCCUGUCACCUUCCCCUUUAACCCAUCCUCCCUCGCACUAGAAACCAUCCAGAUUCCAGCCAGCCUGGGUCUGGGAUUCAUAGCACGGGUCUGAAAGUGAUGUCCAGGCAAACAUUGACAAUACAUUUCUUGCCUGAAAUAAGGACCCUUUCUUUCCAGUGAGCUACUGAAAACACAUCUUUAAAGAAAAAGUACUGAUUACCUCCUGGACAAGAGGUUAUUAACUGGAAAUCUCCCUAGAAUACUUUCAUCACCAUGGAAAGAAAGAUAGGCUCCUCUGUGCUGCGUUCCCUGUACGCUCAUCCUCGAUCAGUUAGAGAUCUUGAGUUUACAUGCAGGUGAAUGAUGGAAGGGUGGAAGGAAGGAAGAGGGGGAAAAAAAUGUGUCUUCAGCUGCCAGCAUUUAUUUUGAAUCCCUAGCACCAUAUUUAAGUAGUAUAGGAACCAUCAAGUCCAGAUAUGAGCUGUUGUUAGGUAGGCACCAACAAAGAACCUCCACUGCACUAGCCUGAAGAGUUGAAAAGUUACCAUGGAAUACGUAUCACAUCAGUUUAGGAAUCAGUUAUGUUGAUAUUUUCAAACUGGAUCAAAGAAAUAAACUGGCAAUAUAUAAAGUAAUUGGUUAAAUAAUUUUCUUACAUGUGUCACUAUGAUAUAGAGAUAAUAAGAGAAUGUCAGUAUGCUGUAUAGUGUAGAAGUCUGUACUGUAGUUUACUGCACAUUUUAAAUUGCUGCUACAUACUGUGUUCUUUAAAAUGUAAGCGAUAUUCUUAUUAGGCUUUACUACAGUAAGCUUCUCUUUAUCAACUCUGUUUACAAUUCAGAACAUCACAGUUUUAACUGGAUUAUGUGCAAAUAUCUACAGAUUCACCUGCACAAGUGUAGCAAACACUGCAAAGUCAUGUAGUAAUAUGACAGAAUGCCCGAGAGGGGUAGGAUUAGACAGAGUGGCUAUUGUUGAUGUCAUUAUUUAUUCGGGAUGUAUUACAUUGAUGUGUUCAUUAAUUUUCCCUGGGUGGAUAGCACAUCAGGGGUACAGUGUUCUGUGACAUGACUUACUUUGGGUUAUGAGAGCUGAUUCCUGCAGUGCGUAUUUUCAGUGUUGACAGGUUUUCUUUCAUCAUUUUAAUUUAUUAAGAAUAAUUCUCAGUCACUAUCUAGAAAGAAUUGUCAGAAAAUUCAUGAUUCAGGUCUAGAAACCUUGAUUAUCCUAUAAAUUAUGCAAAAGAAAGUAUACAAUAAAUAUUUAAUUAUGAAAUUUUUUGGCUUUGCAACUUCUACAAAUAUCAGUACCACUAGAUGCUUUAAAAAGCAACAUAUUAGAAAUACUUUAGGAAUUAUAUAGGAAAUAGAAGAUUGCUGAAUUUUACUAAGGAUUUGGUUCCUUAAGGUAUAGAAUAUAUGUUUCCAUUCUGAAAUUUUAAUUUAACAUGUUCUCCAUUUUUUGGAAAUCUUAUACGAUAAAUCUUUCAGGUUGUACAAAAGAAAAUUCUUAGAUUUCAUUAGAAAUUCCAGUUCUGAAUUGCAAUCAUAGAUUUAUAUCAUUUAAUUGUUAGAUGGUCUAUUAAAAAUGACAUUUUAUUAAAAUAUGUGCAAUAUUAUUAAUGGAAGUCAGUUUAUCAGUGAUAAAGAUCAUUAUUAAAAGAUACUGUGCUAACUUAUUUGAGCUUCAAAUUCCUCGUUUAUACUAGAAGAGGGUUGAACAACUGAUCCUCAAGGUCCCUUCCACCUCUGAAAUUCUCUCCUCUCGGUACUUGGAUCCUAGAGAAAUAAGCUACAGUUUUUCAGUAAGUUCAGCCUCUGAUUGAACGACCAGUGUUUUCUGCGCAUUAAUUUUGAGGGAUUAAUAAAAUGUAAAAUCACAAAUUUGUGUCCUUAUAACCUUUCUUAAAUGUACAUGCUUUUAGAAAGUUAAUUAGUUUAGGUAACUUUUAUCACAUACUGCUGUAUUCAAUUUGGAUACAUUUAUUUGCAAAAUCAACCAGAAACACUACUAAUUCAGAUUCAGUUUGCCCUGGCUGUCAAUGUGGUUUUCAAUGAACAAUGAACUCUAUAACCAUUUUGAUUAGCACUGAAUGUGUCAGCGUCCAAGAGCCUAGGUGGAACUCAGGUAGGGGAGAGGAUUUUUAAAAGGUCACCGUGGUGUACCUCAGACCUCGAAAUACGUCCAGACCCUCCCCAGCCUAGUCCUGUGUAGCAUGUCCCAUGCACCUCCUGAAUCUUCUCCAGUCCUUAAGAUCAUACUAUAGCUACUACGGCCAUCACAGUCCUUCAUCUUACCCCAAAUGCUUCGGAUCCUGAAGCAUCUCAGCUGGGCCCUGGCCCUCUCCUUUGUCUUCUCUUCUGCUAUAAAGCGUUGGAGCCUUUGGCCCCCGGCUGCAGCUGGGCUCCCACCACCACACAUGCAGUCUCUCCUGUUCCAGUGAUGGCCACAUAGAGCUUCUGCUCUUCCAGGCCUCCAACUUCUUCCAAAGCCUACAGAACCCCAGGUGGGGAUGUGAAGUAACUUCGUGCAGUGAAGUCAUCUUUAGUCAUAAUUAGAAUACUUUACAACCAGGGAACCCCAGACGUGUUGAAUGACUGUGUACUCUAUGUACACAACACUAUUCUGCUGAUUGUGGGUAUUCUUUCACCAUCCUGAGGACUGCUCACCCCCUUUUGUCCAUUCACAUUUUCUCACCCAGUUUCGGAACCUCCACCAGGCUUCCAUCUGCCCGUUUGCUUACUCUUCCCCUCCCCUCAGCUGAAUCAUCAAUACCCACCCCCUGCCACUGUGCAUUGAAGGCAGCGGGCAGAGUCACCCAUGGGCUCCCCUCCUCCCGUGCCUGCUGGCUUAACCUCAGGCCAAUCUUGGCACAAGCUCUUGAUCCCACUUCUUUGCUAUACAUUCUUCAACAUUAUCAGCUGAAAAAUGAGAAGCAGUUUCUCUCCUUCCAGCUUUUCUUAGGCUAAGGCUUUGGUUUGCCUGAGAGGAAUUUAUCAAGAAGGGGAAAGAUGAGUAGAUGAUCCCUUUGGAAGUUUUAGAAAUUCCCCAUGUGACUGACACUUCUUUCAUCAAGUACAAAGGUACAAAAAUAUAUCAUCCAAGGUCAACUUAUAGGAGAUUUGUAGAUUUGGGGCAGUUUGUAAAAUUUAUUUUGAAGGAUAGGCUUCCCCAAGAUGUUCAGAACUAGCUUCCCCCAGACAUGCCACUUUGCAUGUGGAUUAUUUUGAGUUGAGGUCAGUUGAGGCCCUGCAGACUCAUGAGAAACUUCUACCACCCUUUUAGCUGUUUCUAAAAGAGUGAAAAUUGGGGUCUUACCCAGAAUUAGGAUUAUUGCCAAAACCAACCUUUCUAUCUGAAAAACCUAGGUUUAUGGCAGGGCAAACAUUAACCAUACAGCAUCUGCUCUUCAGCCUAUAAAUCAGCCUCUUCUCAUCUUGUGAGUCCCCGCCUUGAAGCCUCAGACUUCAUUCCUCAGCUCAGGAUAAGUACCCCAUUUCACCUCAUUGUCUGUGGAAUCCACAUAUCUCUGUAGAGUCCCCAUAUGGAUAGAAUUACUUUUUUACUCCUAAUAUAUCUGAUAAUCAUUUAAUUAUUCAACCAGCCUGAGAAGAACACAGAAAGGUAGAGGGAAAUUUCCCUUCCGAACAGCCAGUUUCCUUUAUUUCAACGGAAAAUUGAGAGUUGGCUCUUCCUGGGUGAGUAGUUACGUGUAAUAUAGAUGAAAUCUUUAAAUAGCAGUGGGAGAGCCUAUGAAAAUACUUUAUUUAUUAGAAUUUUAGUGGGGUGAUUGUUGUGAGAAAUUGUUUUCCUGGUAACCCUAGGUAAGGGGGCAGGUACUUGCCACCAUCCUGCAAAGCCCUCAGACAAUGUUCUCUCUCUUUCUCUCUCUCUCUCUCUCUCUCUUGUUUCCCACACUUCUCCCUCUUCUUUUUCUUUCUCUUCCUCUUUCACAGUCUCUCUCUCUCUCUCACACACACACACACACACACACACACACACACACACACACACACACACACACACCCUUAUUCUAAGAGUUAACCAGGAGUUUGUUCAGGAUAAAACAGAAUAUAAAAAUUAGUUGUGACCCUUAAAUUUUCCUGUUGAAAGUAGUGCAGAACCAGUGCUUUGUAUCUAGCUAUGUUUUACUUCAGUGUGCUUUCUCUGUGUUACCUCAUUUUAUCCUCACAGCAGUACUGAUAGAAAGAGUAGACACUACAAUCAUUUGCUGAUGGUAAUUUGAGAGAGGGUUAAGGUUAGGGUCUUGCCUGAGGCUGCACAGCCCUCAGCCUGCAGUUGCUUCCCCAGGAGCAACAGUUGCCAUGUGGGCAGAAGGGAGGCAGGAAAAGUAAAAAGUUGUGAGGUCACAUCCUGUUCCUCCUGGUACCCAUGGAUGGCACAGGGUCAGCAAGAGGCGCUCUUUCUCCUUAGAGUUAGCAACUGGCAUAGGGUACUGAGCAAGCUAAGUACCAAGUUCUUUGUGCUAGUGAGAAGCACCCAGAGCCUGGCGGUUUUCUUUAUAGUUACUGCUAUAACUAGGUUUGACUUAUGUAACGAAUCACUGCUCCCUUAGAGGAUGCAGCACUCUUAUGUUUAGAUAACUAGUUAGUAGCAGGCUGUCUUAACCGGAUGGGAAGCAGUAAAAACUUCCCAGAAGGGAAGAGAAAGGCCACUCUCAACACACACACCCCUCAGAGUUGCUGUUAGAGCGGCCAGGUGGGCUGUGCAGCCUGUAGAGAACCUGAGGCUGCAGGCCAGGCCUCACGUGCUCAGACACAGGCCCUCCUCCCCAGUUUAGGUCCUCAGCACAGAGUAGCCAGGCCCCUGGGUACGCCUGAGAGCUGGCCCCUGGGGCAGGGCACAUACAAGUCAGUGUGUGUUUGACAUUACAGUGCGUGCAUGCUACUGUUUACUUUGGAGCUAGGAGGUGUGCUGUGUGCAUGCCCGUUAGAGAGGCUCUGUGUGUGUCUGUGUCUCUGUUCAUGGAUAAGUGCAUUGUAAUUUGUUCUCAGGCUGUACUGUGAGGGCCGCCUUAACCCCUGCUCCCUUACCCCCUAAGAGCUGCCUUAAGUUCUCUGGAACUUUUCCUCAUAAGGGGAUAUCUUGCCUGGAGAGGAUAUCUUGCCCGGUUUCUCAAGGUUUUGUGAGGGUUUUGGUUGGGUGUGGCCUCCAACCACUAAUUCCUUUCCUCCUUCAUGCAUGAUGACCCUUCCCCAUACCCCUUACUUACCUUCCUCUCCUUUCAGUUAUUUCCAAAGAGGUAUUAGAACUCCAGGGCAGCAACAAAUUUCAGAACCAAUGAAAUGUGGGCUUUGAGAGUGUUCCUGGGUUUUGGGGGCUCUGUGUCACAGGUAAGAAAAUGAACAUAUGGAAGAAAAAUAUAAAGAUAAGUUAGAUUCUAAGUAAUACUUCUAUGGCUUGAUUUUCACUGACCUUUUCUUAUAAAGGAAACAACUGUAAACCUUUCCUAGACAUUCUUUUAAAAUAAUUUUAACGCUGUACUAUAAAAGUUGAGCAAAACCAGGAAAGAGUGCUAUGAAUUCUAAUCCUUUGUGUUUCCCUGAAUUAAACAAAUCAAUCUGGAAUUAGAGUAGGUCUCUUGAUAGAUCAGGAACUGAAAAGUACUAUGUAAAAUAUCUGCCAAAAUGCAUUUUAUACAUUUUUUUAUUUUAUAAUUUGGUCUAGCUAAAAUAUUAAUUAGCUUAACUUAUUGGGUGUUAUUAGAUUUAUAAAUGUCUGGAAAUAACUAGCAUUCCUUGCUAUUGUGAGAUUGCUUGAAAUAUUUGAAAGAAAAAAAUUUUAGUUGAAAUUUAUGUAGAUUCAUUGCUUGGUAGGUCAGUAAAUUUUCAUGCAUUUUUUAGAGUAAAUAGUUUCAGAUAUAUUGUUACCAUCUGUUACAAAGUUUUAGUCUACAUUUCAGGCUGUCUGAAUCACUUGAGCCAUUUAAUUUUUCCAACAAAUGGUGAAUUUCCCCCUUAAAUGUGGACAUGUAUGUUGUAAUUUAUGAUUCUUAGUUGUGUGUUUUUGUGGAAUCCUGAAGUAACAAAGACCUUUUUCUGCUCUUGGAAAAUUUAAAUUGCUCUGCCCGCAUUGCACAGAAAUGAACUCAUACAUUUAACAUAUGUAUUUUAAUUAUUAACUUUAACUGUUAAUUUACUGUGAAAUGAUUAUGCCUUUUAAUGACAAUUAAAUGGGAAAUGGUAGCUUUUCAAGUAUCUUCCAUUUUAGGAUCUGGAAAAGGAAUUCUACUUUGAUCUACACAGAAAAACAGGAUAUAUUUUGAAAAGUUCUUAGAUGGAAUAUACUUAUCCAUUAAAAAGGAGGCAGAAGUACUGAGAAGUUAAAGGCAUAAUCAAUGAACUCUAAUUUUAAACUAAACCCCAUACCAUCAUAUCACACAUGGAAAUUUUAAAAAUAAGUUACUGAUUCACCUCAUAUCUACAAAAAACUUUGAAACAUGGAUUUUCACUAGAUAUCACUUAGUGCUAAGAUGAAAACCAAAACAAUAUCAGAUUGGCAUUUAUGCUCCAAAAAUGUAGUUGUUUAAUGUUGUACUUAGUAAAUGUGUGUCAUUGAUGCUGUAUUCUCCUAGCUACUAUAGAAAAUUGUUCAAAUAAAGAU